AUGAAGUUAUUAACGGAUGGAGAACUUUUCUAUCGAAUUCGUACGCAAACAUCAUUUUCUGAAAAAGAAGCAGGUCAAUUAAUGAAAAAACUUAUAUUAACAAUCAUUAUUAUGCAUAAUAAUGAUUUAUGUCAUCGAGAUUUUAAACCAGAAAAUUUACUUUUCUCAUCAUCUGAUUCCAAUGCUGAAAUAAAAAUAAUUGAUUUUGAUUUUGCUAAACAAAACGUUCGUGCUGUUAAUGUAACAAUGCGUGCAUUUCAAAAAGCCGAUCAAUUUCAAUUAUCUUCUGUCACUAAUGGAGUUCUAGCACGGCGUCGUUAUGAUAAAAAAUCGACUGAUUCAUGCUUAUUCACAUCAAGUCUUAAAAUAACACGACCAGCUCAACAAAAAUUCGGACAACAAGAUUCUAAAAGUGAAUGUGAUUCCUAUGAAUGUUUCAGAAAAGAAAUACGUGCAAAUCAAAAAGCACUUGAAAUGGCACAAAUAAAAGUUGAUCAAUUACUUACAAAUGGAUCAGAUUUUUCAUUAAUACAAGACUCAUUAUCUUCAACACAACAACAAUCAGCACGCCGUACAAACUGUUUAAUUUUUGCAUCUGGUACACUUGCACCAUUAGCAACUUAUUUUGGUGAAUUAACAAUUUCAUUUGAUACUCAAAUGAAUCUUCUUUUAGAAUAUAAUCAUGAUGAAUGUGAUCUUGUUUUACUUGAUGUUUGUCAACAUAUGCCUUAUGAUGUCCUUUACUUAUUGAAUGUAACUCUAACAACAGUUGAACAAUUAAAUUAUGCUCAACGUUAUCGAAUUCUUAUGUGUUUUAAAGCAACUGAUCAACGUAAAAUGAAAUAA